AUGGCAUGCGAACGAAAUUACAUUGACGUGUUUCCCAAGUGCCUGUUCCAAGCUUCUACUGAUAUUAGCUUCUAUACUCAGCGCCCACAUCCAAUCAAGACUAGCUGCCCACCCCACCUGCAUAUUGUGAAGAGAAUGGACCACGAAUUGAAGUCCAAAACAGAAUUUCUUUCUCUUGCUGAAGAACUGCAAUGUUACAUCCUGAGUUUUCUUCCUUGCCGAGAUAUUCUUCGUUGUACAUCUGUAUGCAAGGCCCUUCGCCAGACGUACAUGUCCUCAUACGAGCUCCAGUACAUUGUUGAACUCGGUGGCCAACAAUUACUCCCUGUCCCCAACACGGACGAUCACACACCUAUUUCCGAGCGCCUACAACUUUUGAGGGACAAAGCCCACGCAUGGUUCAAGGUCAACUUCCAUUCUUUAGAAACAGUCUCUCUAUGGGAGAAGAUGCAUUCCCCGCAGAUAAAUGAUGGCCAUAUCUACACGCACGACACACGAAAAGGCUUAGUCGAGAUCAUUCCAAUACUACCAAAACCCUCACAACAAACCGUCCAACGUGACCGGUGGCAACGAACAUUGAGUUCAAUAACUUCAACUCCCCGCUCAGUCGUGUGCAAUGUGUUCAUGGACCUAGCACAAAACCUGAUUGCUGUCCUGCAUUGUGUUGACCAGGCAUUCUACAUUGACCUUGGAGCCCUGGAUGGUGAUGGCGUUCACCCCCGAGCUGCUGGACGGAGACUGUCUCGCACGGUGCUGCCUGGAUCCGGGGACAUUUCCAGUAAUAGAUACCGUGCAAAUAUGAAGUGUUUCGGGAGGCAUAUCGCUUUCCAUUGGAGAUCUCCUUCGGAAGUCAUGUGGCUGCAGAUUUGGGACUGGAAAAAUUCAAUGACAUCCAAUUGCAUCCUCAAUGACAACGACGCAUACCCAGGCAAUUUUUUUUUCCUCGGAAGCAACAGGUUGCUCGUUGUCUACCACGAGUCGGAUUUGAAUAUCUAUUCAAUCGAGGAUACGUCCCAGGCCCCACAAUUGCUAGCGUGUUUUUCGAUGCCCAUCUCAUUGAAGCACACACGCCUCCAUUUAAUGGAUUAUAAUGGGCAUAAUUCACAGCCGCGGAUGCAAAUCCAACAAACGAUGUACAUGUCAGACCCUAAAUACUGGCUACUAUGCAUAACCGUAUACGAGAACCUCGGAACUCGUGCCGGUCCCGUCUUCAUCAUUUCUACGAGGGUUUUCCACGAUUUUGAUGGAAUGGCAGUAGCCAACUUGAAGCCAAUACCGUGGACACGCUGGGGCCCUUCAAAUACUCGUAUUUUCGACGCGGAGCACACUCAGGCUUAUGUAUUCACAUCUCAGCUUUGUGGGAAUCGAUUUUUUCAAGCAAUCCCGCUCAGCACGGGACACAGGUAUAGAUUGCAUAUGAUGGACUUCAGCCCGCUAGCUGUGACGAACAGGCGGGGUCUAGGACGAGUGGUGACAGAGCCAUCUACGAGAGACAUCAGUGAAUUGUCUGGCAGGCCCAAGGAGAGCUUGACGACAUUCUUGCCUUACGUCGAGGUUAAAUUGGACAGGGUGUUUCAUUAUGAAGAAUUACGCGUGUGGGUCGACAAGGAUAGAAUUUAUUUGGCCCAAAUGUUUGAUACCGGUCCAUGUCUUUGGGAAUCUACCCUCGAGGUCAUCGAUGUUUAGAGCGGUCUAUGUAUCAGCCAGCCACCCAUCACAAUACAAAAACU